UCGACUUGAGUUGACAUGGUGACCGACUUGACCGGAGAAGAAGAAGGUCUCGGGUUCUAAAAAAUGGAAAAGUUUGAAAUUUCGAGGCGGGAGAUUUGCGAAUUUUUUCGCGCUAAUCCGCUGAGAGGGUUUGUAAAAUUCGUCUUCCUUGUUGCUUUAUUGAUAAAUUCGCUUCGUAUCCAGAGACUUACGUUUCUCUUUCUAUGGUUUGUCUGAUGGCGUUCUCGUAUCAUCGAUGUUGAAUUCUAGUGUAUGAAGUUACUGACUUUGGUUGUUGUAAGGUCCUAGCCUUGUCUCUAUUACGAAUUGAUCGGAUCUUGAUGGAUGAGGAUGACCAUGGUGGUGGUGGUGGUGGCUCCGGAGCUUCUGAAUUGAGCCUCGAGGAUCUGAUUGAUGAAUACUCUUCUCGACCCUCACAAAUAGCUGAAUGGUUAUGGUGUAUUGAAUAUGUAGCCAAAUUUGUGAAGGAUUUAAGAUGCAUUCGCGAUUUGAUGAACAUGGGUUAUCAAUACUCAAAUGACUAUGGGAGGAGGAUCAAUGAAGUCCUGUCUCUUAGAGUCUUGGAGUUCAUGUUUGAUCCAAUUAAGAAUGAUGCUAAUGGUGUUGGUGUUGGUUCCACUUCAGAUGAAAAAGUUGAGUUUGAUUUAUCUUUGAGCAGCGCUGAUGUUCUCAGAGCAAUUCUGAGACAGAUGUCAGGUCCAGUAUCAGAACUACGAGCAGGCAUGCCAGAGCUAUCAAAGUUCAAUGUUCUUCCGUUUAUUGCUCACAAGAACUUGUGUUUGCCACAAUGCGCACUGGAGAAGCUGAGAGAUUUGAGUUUAAUGGAGAAUCAGACAAGUGCAGCUCCUUCCAUGGAAGCAGAUGACCCUGUUUCUAGAGAUGAUAGAUCAGUGCAGAUGGAUUCAUGCGAGGAGGAGGAGCAAGUGCGUAUUGGUCUGGAACAAGACAUUAACGAGUUGGAACCAAUGGAUGAGCAACAAUUGCAUACUGGAUUGGAGCAAAACAUAAAUGAGGAGGAUAAAGUAACUGCCAUCGACGAUGAAGAUGAGCCAAUGCACACCAAUGAAAGAGGUGAAGAAACUGUGAUCAAUGACGAUACUGAGAGUGAGCAAGGCACAACCAGUAAACCCAUUAACAGCGGUAAUACUACUGAUGACACCUUUCCUUCAAGCUCUAGAACAUGUCCAGAGGAUACACGUGUAAAAUGUACAAAAGAUGGAACUUGGUUAAUCAGUGAGAGCGAUGAUGAGUCAGAUAAAGAUCCAGCCUCAAUCAAGAAACAUCCAAACACUGACUUGAGCCUUCUACCUUCAAGCUUCCGAACAAGACCGGAGAAUUUAUGCUGGAAAUGUUUGAGAAAAGGAACUUUAUUGAUAUGUAGCAGAAGCGAUUGCGCAUCAAAAGUUCACAAGGGAUGUUUGAAUUGUCCGGUUAACGUUGAUGAAGACGGGUGCUUUCUGUGCCCUCUGUGCUGGUAUGACCGAGUCGCCAUGGAGUACCAUGAAUCUCAGAAGUUGAUUAGCUGCGCCAAGAGAAGAUUGGUCGAUUGUUUACCGGUACUUACCAUAAAAAGCAAGAGACUCAAGUGAUGGAAAUUUCUGCUGCAACUUCACUGUAACUUAAUCUCUUCUUUUCUUUUCUUUUCUUUUUGCAUAAUUCAGGUGAUCGAUAUUAGAUAUCGGAUUGUAGAAUUAAGUAUGUGCUUUUGUGCAGUUCGAAACUCGGCUUGUUUUUGGUAUAUUUUGGUAUUAUAUUAUUUAAGUAAUUGUACUAAAUGACUAUAUGAACACUAA